AUGAUCUAUUGGCUCCGAACUCUCUACUUGAUGUUUUUAGCAUACUUUUUUGAUGAUUACUACGAAAAGAACUCCAAACCUUACGAUGAGGAUCAUGUCUAUGAGAUUCGAGUCCUCCCUUAUGAUUUAGAUUUUAACCUGCAUUUAAACAAUGCUCAAUAUUUUAGUUUUAUGGAACACGCCCGUUUUGAUAUGAUUUUAAAACACGGAAAUGUGUUCAAUCGAUGUCGUAGAGCAGGAUUUGGAUGGGUGGUUGCUGGUGUUAGUUUUCAAUUCCGCCGUUCAGCAAAAUUGUUUGAAAAAGUUAAAAUUGUCACUCGAGUAGCAUGUGCCGAUGAAAAAUGGUUGUACGUCGAACAAAAUUUCUUCGUUAAGAAUAAAUUUAUUGGAAGAGGAAUUGUGAGAAUGUGCACCGUGGAUAGUAAGGGUAAAGCAGUUCCAACAAAAAGAUACUUUGAAGAGAUUCUUCGAGUUGAUUUGGACACUGCUGAUGCAAAAUAUAGAAUGACAAGAGAGGAUUACAGAAAAUACAUGACAGCUCUAAAUGACAGUAUGGAUGGCAAUGUAUCGUCAAAAGAUUCCUUGUCUGAUGAUAUCAUGCCAAGAGUGAGUAGUUUCGUAUUCCAUGACGAAACACUCAAAGAGAAACAAAAUUAA